AGCUGCCAAGAUACUUGACCAGGCUCUCAAAGAGAUCGGUUUGAAGAACGACGAGAUUGAGAAGCUGGCACUAGAACGAUCGGCGACUUACAGGAAAUGCAGGCUUGAGGACAUCAAGCUACCUCUACUGGAAGGAAAUUUGAAGAACGUCCCAAUGGAAGAGGUGAGGCCGUUGAAAAGUCAUACGCGCAUUCAUUUCGAUUCUUGGUUAGAACCUUCGCGAGGAGGUAGCGAUGGAUGUUGAUGAUGACGAUGGUACCCAACAACCACGACAAGUCCAAGAUUAUGGGAUUGAAGUUGACUUUGACUCUUUGACCGAGGAGGAGCGUGCGGAUAAUUCUCCUGAGACUACUGCCGAGUUCGAUGCACAAAUUGCGAAACUCAACGGAGAGAUCGAGAGAAUGGCACCCAACUUGAAGGCUAUUGAAAAGCUAGACGAUGUCGAGGCCAAGCUUGCAGACACAGAGAAAGAAGCUGAUAAGGCACGGAAAGACUCAAAAAAUGCGCGCGAUCAGUUUAACGAUGUCAAGCGAAAAAGAUGCGAGUUAUUCAACAAGGCAUACAACCACAUUUCAGAUUGUAUCGACCAGGUCUAUAAAGACCUCACUAAAGGGAAGGCUUCGCCGAUGGGAGGCGUCGCAUAUCUUAGUUUAGAGGACAGUGAGGAACCUUAUAAUGCCGGAAUCAAAUAUCAUGCCAUGCCACCGAUGAAGCGAUUCCGUGACAUGGAACAACUCUCGGGCGGGGAGAAGACCGUGGCUGCUUUGGCUCUACUUUUCGCGAUACACAGCCUGCACCGUUCUUUGUCCUUGAUGAGGUAGACGCUGCUCUGGACAAUACCAACGUUGCCAAGAUCGCCAACUAUAUCCGGAGCCAGGCGUCCGACUCCUUCCAGUUUAUCGUCAUCAGCUUGAAAGGUUCCUUGUAUGAGCGUGGUAAUUCCCUUGUUGGAAUCUACCGUGACCAAGAUGUAAAUAGCUCUCGCACGCUGACGUUAGAUUUGACUCAAUACGAUGAAUAGUGGAGCUUUAUUG